AAAACGCGCCUAUCGCCACGACAGAGGAGGGCGGGACCACCGAUAAAGUUGAUACCUUGGCCGGUAUAUAUUUAUAUAUAUUUAAAUACUUUCAGUUGUCGUGGUCAGGACUGCUUAGUAACGUCGGCAGCAACUCUGUAACCUGCAAACAAGAACCAUCACCAUCCACGACAAUGGACCUAGACGGCAACCCACAUAGUCCAGACGAGGAGAGCACCUCGCCAGACGAGAUCCCCAAAAACCGGAGAAGUCUGAAGAGCCUUCACAUCCUCGCCACGAGGUUUGUGGGCUUGCUACAGGACGCUGAACACGGUUUGCUGGACCUGAAAGACGCUGUUAAGCUGUUGGCUGUGGAGAAAAAAAGGCGUAUCUACGACAUCACAAACGUUUUGGAGGGCGUUGGUCUGAUUGUGAAAAUCUCCAAGAGCAUGAUUAAGUGGAACGGCACAGUGCCAGGAGAACAUGCUUUCAGGGUCACCAACAGAGUGAUUGAGCUGAGGGCGGAGCUGAAGGACUUGGAGCAAAAGGAAAGUAUGUUGGACCAGCAGAAAUUCUGGGUUGAACAGAGCACCACGAGCACAAAAGAAGACUGCAGCGAUCUGACCUACGUGAAUCAUGACGACAUCUGCAACUGUUUUAGCGGCGAUACUCUCUUGGCAAUACAAGCGCCAUGUGGAACAAAACUAGACGUGCCGAUUCCCAAAGCUGUCCGGAACUGCCCAACAAAGUAUCAGAUCUAUCUGAAAAGCAUCAAUGGGCCGAUAGAUGUUGUACUUCUCAACAAACUGACUGUCGACUCCGUCCCUGUCGUACUGCCAGUCCCUCCGUCCAAAGAACUUUUACGGAAGGCCAAAUCGGCAGUGGCCACUUCAGAUGAGACCGAAAGCAGUAUUAAACGUGCCGCCAAAUCUCGAAGGACGGUCAUGGAGGACAUGCUGCACCUUCAGUCGUCGUCGCGUUCAAACACUGCGCCCAACCGAACGGAUGCAUCUGAAUUGCGAGAUUUAUCAAAAGAACUGCAGGACCUGCUACGCCCAACCAAAGCAAUAAUGAAUGCCGAGCUGCUCAAGAAUCUUUUAGCCUCAGAAGGUUUCUCUCCCCUCCAUCGAUCUCCACUCCCGUCUGAACAAGAACACAUCCACACUCUGGAUGAGAGUGAAGGCAUCUUAGACAUCCCCAUGCUCAAUGUUUAACCACUUUGUUAUGGCCUUCAAGGAGAACAGUUUACGCCUGAAAUGUACAUAAUUGUCUUUUUUAAUGAGUUAUUUGAUUACCAUAAAUAAUAAAUGAAAGCUUUUGAAUAUUA